AUGCAGAUGUCAGUGGGUUGGCAAGCAGGGGUCACGGAGCUGGGAGAAUUGUCCCCUGAGAUACCCGAGCAUACAGCAGCAGCUGAGGAGCAGCUGCGUGUGAGGAUGCCAAGUUGCUUCUCACCAUCACUGUGUGUCAUCAUGAGUACUGGCAUUACCAUCAUCUUCCCUAACAAGUACUGUUCUGAUUUUUCUAGACGUCAGGGGGACCUGCGCUGGGCCCCGCCGGCGGCCGCAGCGCCCAGCACAGCAGGAGCUGGAGACGCCGCGGAGCACCAGGUGACGCCGGGGCAGUUCCUCCAGGGCGCCCGCAAGCAGGCGGUGGGGUGGCUGUGCCGGGAUCCUAGAGUGGCUUCUGGCCCCACGCAGGCAGGGCCCCCAAGAGACAGCUCAUGCAGCAGAUCUGCAGCCCCGGGGCCCUCAGGCACCGCCGCGGCUGCCGCCCUCGCUCAGCCCGGAGCGCGUCAGUCCUGGCCCAGCCAGCUGCCUCCGCUGAACCCGAGCCGGGAGCUCCGGCUCUCCGCAGGGGCCCCUGUCGACCCCGCGGGCUCGGACUCCGGGUUCCUGUCCCAGCCUGCGCCCGCUCCAGCGCCCCCGACUCCCCGGCAGCUCCUCCGGACCCCUAGCUUGGCCGUCCCCAGCGCGGACCGACCCCCGCCCCUGCCUCCAGCGUCCCGGGUCGCGCCUCUUCGCAACCUCUUUGGCGUCUGCGCCUCAGCGCUGGGGCCAGGGCCUCUCUUGAGCUCGCCGCCAAGCCUGCCAAGCCUUCUUCUGCCUCAACCCUCCUGGCAGCGUCUUCCCCGCCUGCUGGUCGGCAUCGCGCCAAAGCCAGUGUCUCCUGUAGCUGUUCCGUUGGCGAAGCACUGCAAGGGCCAGCGCCCAACCUGUCGCUGCGGAAGACCUGGGCACAGAACCUGCCCUGGUGCUGGGCAGGCGCUUUCCCCCCAAGUCCCCGGCCUGGGCAGCCUGGAGGAACCCAGGGAAUAGCGCUCAGGACCCAGAGGCUGGACAGCCCGCCCCUGGCCACGAGGUGCCUGGGACCUGACCCGCGCCCCCACCACCUCCGCCUGUUGGCAAGGAAGGUCCCUUUUCAGCCUGUAGUUCCUCAGCAGAGAGGAGAGCCCUCCACAGACCCGUGCCAGGUCUCCAGCGCCGCGCACACCGUGAUAACAGUUGGAGCCCAAGGUCACCGCGAGGCCGUCAGGCCGGACAGGGCCCGCUGCUGCGGGGGGAGUCCAGGACACCGCUGGACUUAAGACAAUGGUGGGCCCGGGCUUUGCGCCGGUGCUGCCCCCUCCCCCGUCGCACCAAGGGUGCCCUGCAGAUCCAGGAGGGCACCCGCACUGGGGAGAAGCCAUUCAGCGGCGCCAUCUGCGGCAGGGCCUUCACCAGCAAGGGCAACCUCCAGGUACACUUGGCACUCACAUGUGGAAUAACGACCCCCACAUCCUCCCCCAAGACGAGCUGCCUCGGUGGAACAGUCCAUGGCUCUGCUAGGGGGUGAUGGCCUGAAGUUCUCUGAAACAUUCCAGAAGGAUCUGGCAGCCCGAAUAAUGAAUGGCGACCCCAAUUUUUGAAACCAGGAUGCUGCAGCUCUCUUCCAGGAGCUUGCCAUAAAGAACAAUGAGGUUUCCAUCAUUCAGAACACAGGCUUUUCCCAGAUCCCUGGAAGUUUUGGCUGCUACACCAUCCCUCUGGGUACUCUGGGAUGCAAAAUCUGCAAUAUAGCCCUCCCAUUGUCAGCCUGGACAAAGCACCUCAGCAGCCUGCACAGCAGGCAGCGUCCAUUCGCCAGGUUACCCAGGAGAACAAGGAGAUAGUAUAGACUAGCUGAACACAGGGGACUCGGGUCCUUCCACAGUGAAUCUGACUGUUCUUGAGAACUGCAACCUUUUAAGUAAAAAAAAAAGUGAUUGGAAAAUGGCCUCAGGAACACAAAGAGCCCAGGCAAUUCUCACUUUUUUUCUCUUAAAACCUAAUAUUCCCUAGAGGGAGAAAGGGCGUCCACUGCAGUAUUCCAGUGAAACUCACUUGCUGGUUUUGCUCGAAUUAGACAAUUGAACUAUGUUUUUAGAACUCUUCAUCUUAAAAGAAGUGGUUUAGUAGUCCAAAUGCUGUGUACUAUGACAGUGUCUUCCUCUGACGUAUUUAUAAUGUUAAGAUUAUGUGGGCAACAGACAAUAAUAGCCCCAACCUUAAAUGAAGUUUAUCUACUUUGGAAUACAUCUGGCUAGAUGAAAGCAAAACACAGUGUCCUCUGAUUAUUCAGAACACAGUCUGAUGCUGAUGGCCUGUCCAUUGCAACCAGUGAGAAAAGAGGCCAGGACACUGAGGCAGGCUGAAUCAAAACUUGAACAGAAGUGUUGUGUGUAUCACCUCAUUUUCAAGCAUUUCAAGUGUGCUGGCACCUGACAUUAUUAACUUCCAACAACAGAAUUGUUCAAGAGACGUUCAAGAGAUGUUCCGAGUAGCUGAGUGACAAUGCAAGGAGGUGCAUGGUUCCUGAAGAAAGAAUCAGACAGUGAGGUCUUCUCAGUUGAGACAGACAAAUAGAAAAUCUCCUUCUCACAUAACUACAGCAAUAAUAAAAAAUGUUGUAAGAGGAUGAGCUAUUUCUGCCAGUGCAUCAUUGAAUAAAAAACUUACAAGGA